UCCACAACAUGUAGGCUAUACCCUGCCUCCGUAAUCAAAAACGGCUGUCAUUCAUCAAACCAGCAAUAAAGCUAGAAUGUAAUUAAUAUUUCCUCGGCACCGUGUGCGCAUAAGAGAAAAAAUCGGCAAGAGGAGGGUUUAAUCGAUUAGGGUUUUUGUUUUUCGCGAUAUACAAAUUCGUGGACGUGCAUCGGAACUGUAACAGGGGGUACAACAGAACGGACACUUGGGACUUUGGUGUAACUCUUGAAAAGAAUACGCAGGGUCCUGGUCAUAAACUGGAUACUGCAGAGACAUUCACGUGCUGUUAACUGGGAGAACUGUUACUUGCCGUUCCACUGAGGGCUAGCUAAUGUUUGGCACACGGAAUACUCUUAAGAACGCUCUUUCACCUUGGAAGGAAAGGCCACUCCUCCUCACGCAUGCCUUCCCAAAGACCCCAGUGAGGAGGAGUGGGUCAAAGAGGGGGAUCAACUGAAACAGCCCGCACCCGAGAGCCGGGAUGGAGGGAUCGGCGGAGGGGGAGAAGAGCGGAGGAGGCGGGGCGCCGGGGUCAGGCUGCAAGUGCAACGGGCUGAUCAACACCCGCAACCUGGUGGAGACCAAGGAGGGGACGGUGUACUCGGCCCCCCAGUACCAGGGCCACGUGGUGGUCAGCCUGUCGCCCCAGCCGGAGAGGAACGGGAAGGGCGGGGGGCCCCCCCAGCUCCUCAACCCCAGCACCCUGCCGCAGGCCGUGGACCCCCGCUUCCGGCCCAACCUCAUCCUGUACCCCGAGAACGUGUUCAAGGCCUGGGCUGAGGGGGACUGCUGCGAGACCACCUUCAUCGAGGACCUGUCGCCCCCGCCCACCAAAGACGGGCUGGUGUUCGCCGACGGCAAGUUCCUGGACCUGACAGCCGAGGACGGCAAGAUCCAGACGCUCUCGUACGACGUGGACGAGGAGGAGGAGUUCCAGGAGCUGGAGAGCGAGUACUCAACCGACACAGAGAGUGAGGACAACUUCCUCAUGAUGCCCCCGAGGGACCACCUGGGACUGAGUGUCUUCUCCAUGCUCUGCUGUUUCUGGCCCCUGGGGAUCGCCGCCUUCUACCUGUCGCACGAGACAAACAAAGCGGUGGCAAAGGGGGACUUCCACCUGGCCAGCUCCAGCUCCCGAAGAGCCCUCUUCCUGGCUGUGCUCUCCAUCACCAUCGGGACCGGCAUCUACGUGGGCGUGGCAGUGGCUCUCAUCGCAUACCUCUCCAAGAACAACCACUUGUAGCUCCCCGAACCCCCUCCCCCAGCAGUGGACCAUCUGUGUUCGCGUUUGCUGGUCGGGGCAAGGCAGAAAGAGCAGUCGACAGGGCUUCAGACGAGAGGACCAUCAGGCUGGAAGGCGCAUUUGCGCUCGGACACGCGUUGGGACUUGGGCAUUCGAAUACAGAAGCGCAACAACACUGAACAGGCCUCAACCUCAGAGUCUUCUCAGACAAGAGAGAGUGGAAUCUUCCCACGCCGCUCUCUUAAAAUGACAGAGGUUACGGAGGUUUACCUGAUUAUUAAUACUCGCUUUUUUCACGUUGCAUUUUGUCUGUUGACUCAAUGCAAUGUGUACUGUAUGUCCAUCGUGGUGCUGGACAGAAGAACAAGGAGACCAUGAGGGCAACUUCACAGGAUUAGACCUACAGGAGUUUGCAUCUUGCUGUCAAUCAAUCAACAGGGCUCAUGUACAGCAUUGUUAUUAUUUGCACACGCUCAGAAGAGGAUUUCAACGACCGCCAAAGUUCUGGGCACAUUUGACCUUUUGGCACCAUUCAUGGUGCUAACAAGACUGCUGAAGCCAGACGUUUCUUUGGGUCUGUAAAGUCUUUUUACAUUUUAUUUUUUAAAUGAAUUGAAAGUAAAUUAUUUGUCUUUUAAGGAAUAUUCAGUGGAUAAAUGUUUGGAGGCUCAAGGCAAAGAGUGUAACAGUAACUUUAUACUGUUAGAGCGCUUGAUAAAGGUAUUCACUCCACCUACAUGGUGUGAACAGGAAGAAUAAUAGACAGUACCAAGGCCCAGUACAGAAGACAGAGUGGCGUGGAGCCAGAGACCACACAGUAUCCAAUACUUUGAAAAGAAAAUAUAUUUUUUCUGACCUGGGAAAAAAACAGAACUAAAGAUAAAAUGCCAUGGGCUUCGCACAAAAGACUAAUCACACAGUAGUAACUGCCACAACUCCAACUCCAGCAGUGCUUUUGUGUAGAAGGCAGGGCUGAGCCAUUAUUUCCUGUCUGACCAUGCUUAGGGGAAAGACUCGUCCGCUGGUCGACAGACAUCAAUCAUGGUCGGACAGUAGCAAGUGCAUCGUAGCAGCUGGACAAACUGAAUCGCCAGGAGUCAAAGACACUGUAGAUACAGUACUAGAGCUGUAAAUACAACAACCUUGUGCGUUUGUUCACACACCUAGCAUAUCUGGGGGGUACGUGCCAAAUAGUGUAAUGACUGGGGCGGCCUGUAGCGUAGUGGUUAAGGUAAAUGACUGGGACACGCAAGGUCAGUGGUUCUAAUCCCGGUGUAGCCACAAUAAGAUCCGCACAGCCGCUGGGCCCUUGAGCAAGGCCCUUAACCCUACAUUGCUCCAGAGGAGCAGGAUUGUCUCCUGCUUAGUCUAAUCCAACUGUAUGUCGCUCUGGAUAAGAGUGUCUGCCAAAUGCCAAUAAUGUAAUGUAAUGUAAAGACUGAAUGUUGUGUCUUUCUUAUUUAGGCCUAUAUGGUGAAAUGCCCAUGGUUAGGUGGAAACCGGCUGAACAUAACUAUCCCGCUCCCCGGGCGAGGUCAGUCUUUCUGCAUUGGAGCGUAUGUCGAAUGUGGCACUCCUCGAAUUUACUGACACGCCAGACAAAACCUUUUUUGGGGAAUUCAAGCAGCCUUGAGUGAGUGCAGUUUCUUUUUUUCUUUUGUAUUUUUCCUUGUAACUGUUCUGUUACAUGCUGUUUUCAGAUAUAAUUGAGACAACAAAACCAGUGAAUUAAGAGAUAGAACAAGUCAGUUCCGGAGAACAUACCAACUGAUCGUUUUAACAAAGAUCUUAUCCUUUCAUGAGGUACUGAAUAAAGCUAAUUAUCGACUCAUGCCAAACUCCUAUGUUAGCAAUUAUUAAGAAUGUUAUCUUAAUUUCUGUUCCAACAAUGCCAAAAAAGAACUAAAAAUGAUUGCAGUUAUACCCUUUUAACAAGAGGUAUACUGCUCCAAAUAAAUACAGCACUGUAAAUUUUGAAACAAUGGAUUUCAACCAAAGUGGUACCAAAUUACACGAAAUACCUGUACAUCGACAUAAUGUGAGCUAUUUAAAAAACAUGAAUUGCAUUUUACUGAGGGUCCAAACUGUGGUGAACUGUGGUUUAAAGUCUGGUUCCGGGUCAGUUCUUGUUUUUGCCCCAGUUCAGACUGGGAAGUUGUAAAUUGAUUGCAAACAAGUUGCAAAUUGAUUAAUUGAUUAAUCCUACAGCAUCGAAGUUGUAGGAGUUCAAGUGAGGAUCUGGAUCCUUGCAUUUACAUUAUAUGCAUAUUUUGUUUAUUGUGACAUGGAGGAAAGUUCUCGUGCAUCAAUAAAUGUUGCUUUGGCAUCUUGCUCAU